CGCGGAGGCGGGGGCGGCCGCCAUGUUGUUGAGCGGCGGGGCCGGCGGGCGCUGACGGAGGAGGCGGAGCUGGGCCGGGCCGGGCUGGUGGUACCGGGAACGGAGCAGCACACUAGUUACUGCUUGGACUUCACAAACAUAAAUUCCUGAGCCUGCUGAUCUCUCCAGACAGCUUCCCACCAUGGAUCAGGACUACGAGAGACGUCUCCUACGCCAAAUCAACAUACAGAAUGAGAACACAAUGCCUUGUGUAGCAGAGAUGAGAAGAACCUUGACGCCUUCCAAUUCUCCAAUGUCUUCUCCUAGUAAGCAUGGUGACAGAUUCAUUCCCUCAAGAGCUGGGGCCAACUGGAGCAUCAACUUCCACAGAAUAAAUGAAAAUGAAAAAUCACCAAGCCAAAACAGAAAAGCAAAGGAUGCUACAUCAGACAGUGGCAAAGAUGGCCUUGCCUACUCUGCCUUGCUGAAGAACGAACUCYUGGGAGCAGGGAUCGAGAAGGUGCAGGACCCCCAGACAGAGGACAGGAGGCUGCAGCCAUCCACCCCAGAGAAGAAAUCUCUCUUCACUUACUCACUCAGCACAAAACGCUCCAGCCCAGAUGAUGGCAACGAGGUCUCACCCUAUUCCCUGUCUCCUGUCAGCAACAAAAGUCAGAAGCUGCUAAGAUCACCUCGAAAACCAACUCGGAAAAUCUCCAAGAUCCCUUUCAAAGUKCUGGAUGCCCCAGAGCUGCAGGACGACUUCUACCUGAACCUGGUGGACUGGUCCUCUCUUAAUGUCCUCAGUGUUGGCCUUGGGACUUGUGUUUACCUGUGGAGUGCUUGUACAAGUCAGGUAACCCGGCUGUGUGACCUCUCUGUGGAAGGCGAUUCUGUGACAUCCGUGGGCUGGUCAGAGCGGGGGAACUUGGUGGCCGUUGGUACUCACAAGGGCUUUGUACAGAUCUGGGAUGCAGCUGCAGGAAAGAAGCUCUCCAUGCUGGAGGGACACACGGCCAGAGUUGGUGCCUUGGCAUGGAAUGCAGACCAGCUCUCGUCUGGGAGCCGGGACAGGAUGAUCCUGCAGCGGGACAUCCGCACCCCACCCCUGCAGUCRGAGCGGCGGCUCCAGGGACACAGGCAGGAGGUCUGUGGGCUCAAAUGGUCCACAGACCACCAGCUCUUGGCCUCUGGAGGGAACGAUAAUAAGCUCCUUGUCUGGAAUCACUCCAGCCUGAGUCCUGUCCAACAAUACACAGAGCACCUGGCAGCAGUCAAAGCCAUUGCCUGGUCCCCACACCAGCACGGGCUUCUGGCCUCGGGUGGGGGCACAGCCGACCGCUGCAUCCGCUUCUGGAACACGCUCACGGGGCAGCCCCUGCAGUGCAUCGACACCGGCUCCCAGGUGUGCAACCUGGCCUGGUCCAAACACGCCAACGAGCUGGUGAGCACCCAUGGAUACUCCCAGAACCAGAUCCUCGUCUGGAAAUACCCCUCUUUAACUCAAGUAGCAAAGCUCACGGGGCACUCCUACCGAGUCCUGUAUCUGGCGAUGUCCCCUGACGGGGAGGCCAUUGUCACAGGAGCUGGAGAUGAAACCUUGCGCUUCUGGAAUGUCUUCAGUAAAACUCGGUCSACGAAGGAGUCUGUAUCUGUACUCAACCUCUUCACCAGGAUACGAUAAACCCCCUCCCUAUGCCCUGGGAACCUACAGCCUGACAUUCCAGGAUCAGACCACUCCCUCGGCGUGCAUGGACCCCCAGAGCCCAGCCAAGGGGAGGGAGAGCCGUGGGACUGGAGAAGACCCAGCUCAUUAAAUAUGUGCUUGUGACCCAUGCUGGGCAGUAUUUGGGAUGGGGUGGGGAGGGGAGGGAACUGCCAAAGGUUAUUGGAUUCAUUCUUCAUAAAAGGAAACGGGUACAAGAGAAAUGUUAACCCAGCAUCCUCCAGCCAUCCRGAAGGUACUGGGGAGGACUCGUGUGACAUGGACCAUUGAGACUGGACCGAGGCUAUCCCCACUGCCAUGGUGUCCCUCCUGCAAGAGAAGAGCAUGUCCUUGCUGCUGUGGGAAGGGGUUUGAUGUGCUGCUCUGUGUCCUUGAGUGAUAUCUCUGGAGGCAGGAGCCAGCCAGACUGGUCCGGUACAGCUGGUGCGAGGGGCACAACUCCAGGCUGGGCAUCUAAGGGCUUUGUUCAUAGCCUGGCAUCCCCAUUCCAGGAAGAAACUGGAGAACUGCCUAUUUUCCUUUUUUCUUUUCCUUUAUUUUUUCUCCCCAGACAGGUACUGUAGUACUUGUCAUGAUCAUUCCCAUAAACAGCUUGAUUUUUUUGGGCAUGCUUGACAGCUGCCUCCAAACAAGUACACUUUGGGGCUUUAGACUUUGGAGGAGACUUGAAAAAGCUUCACCUCAAAGAGGGCAGAUUCAGGAAGUUCUGCAGUUGCUGUUUCAUGUUCUGGGCUGAUCCUGGGAGUUACCACAGAAGAGAAGCAAGGACUUUAUAAAAAAAGAAACCCACCCAAUCACCAGUUCAUGUGGAGCUUCCUCCAGUGCCACCAGGUGGAUGCCUUGCUCUGGAGUCUCCCUGAGGCCAAAAGCCAUUGGGAUGUGUUUAAGAACAAAAACAAAUCCUGAAGAUCUGAUCUUUGGGGUGAGCAGGGCCUCUUCUGGCUGGAAGAGGGGUUCUCCUGAAGCAAGGCUGCGGUGUUGCUUUUUCGUUAUCUCCAAGUCCCAGCCAGGGCCCUGCUGUUGGGUUUUGGUGUGUGGUUUGGGGUUUUUAGGUUGUGUGGGACAAGAGUUCCGGCUGGUGUUGGAGCUUGUGGGGUGUAACACAAAUGCUCUGUGUGUGUGGUGCUUUUAAUUUAAGAGAAGCUGUGAGGCUGCACAGCCUGUUCCAUCUCACCUGUGCCUGUGCCUGCCCUUCCCGGGCCCUGCCUGCCUYCUGCCCUCUCCCAGCGUGUCUUCUUGUUUCCAUGUGAAGUUCCCUGGCUGUGUAUAGAGACCCUGUCCUCUCUGUAGAUUGCAUAGGUAAUGCUUUCUUUUUUUCUUUCUUGUUUUGUUUCCUCUUCUUUCUUUCCUUAAAAAACCACGUGGUAGGAAUAUGAUUGCCUGUCCCCAGUACCACCAGUAUCCUUAGGGUGAGCUGAGGUGUAGAAAGGCCAGUACAGCCUGGUCAGCACAGCCUUGACCACACGUGCCAUUAGACCAGUGCCUGCCUCAGGUUGUUGGUGCUGUACCUUGUCACACGUCCUGGGAGUCACUGSUGAGGAGCCGGUGUGCUGGGACCCCCUGGCAGCUCUGAGUCUCCCAGGCCCGCAAGCCACUUUCGUCAUCUCACAAUCUCACUUGCCACCAGAAUGACAUUUCCGUGGAAUUUCUGAAACAAAGCUUGAACACAACUGCUUUAGUGUAGCUCUGGCCAUGGGACGUGAGGCAUGGUUUGAAGUCACCCCCCAGCCUGUUUGUGUUUGUUGCACUUGUGGGCACCGUUCCACAUCACCAUGGGUUGGGAGCACCCCAAAGCACCCAGGAGGUGUUGAAUUGACUCGGAUCAUUAAGUUAGGGAAUGGGUUUGAAGCAGAAGGCCACCUGCAGCCAGAGGUGGUCUGUUGUGUGUGUCAUCACCUGGGGAAAGGGCUAUUCAGAGAGGCUGGGGUGCCUGGUGGCUGUGUUGCGGAUUUUCUUGUGGAUUGCCUUCUGUUAAAUAGCACUGUGCAGACCGCCUGGACACGCUGCUUUCUCCUGGGGGGAGGUGUAGGUGCUUGGGUUGGGGGCACAUGGGGGGUCUCAGCCCAUUCUGGAGCAGGAGGGAGCAGGUACCCAGCUGUAGUGCAGGGUGAGUGGUGAUGAUUGGACUCCCCAGUGCCCUGGGGUUCUGCAGAGGUGGUUUUGCCCCUCACCCUGGGAUGUGGGAGCUUCCUCAAGGAGUCUCAGGAGCUGCUGGGCUGGGAAGCAGUGCUAUGGGGUGGGCAGUGCCAGGUGGGCACUGCAGCUGCUGCCCAGUGCUCCCAGCUUCAGAGCAGGGACAGCUCCUCAUUGCUCUGUCCCCCACCAUUGUCCCCUCUUGCCAAGGACUUUCUGAAACUACAUCUGGUGUCUACAUCUUGCUUUUCUCUGCCUUGGGAGCAGGUUGACUCGUGUUGGCUUCUCUCACUGCACUUGGCAAGGGAGGCUGGUGAUUCUCAGGCCARGGUCAGUGAUUUGCAGGCCAGGGCUGUUCUGUGGCCAUGAUGUUGGACAGAGCAUGGCAAGAACAGGCUGCUCACCCUGCCCUGGCUCUCRGAGCCUGGCACAGCCACCUUCUUUGCCCCACUCCCAGGUGCCAGGCAGGAGAUCCGUGUGGAGGUGGGUGUGUCUMAGUGUCUCAGGGUGACACUGCCACUGUCACCAGCUGUGGGUUCAAUAGGGAAAAGGGCAGAACUGAGGUGAUGUGUCAGUCUAUGACCUGUGAGCACUUGAUUCGGGCACAGGGUCCUGCCAGAGCUGGGUGACAGAGUCUGUGGCCUCGUGGCAUCAUUGUAUUCCAGGUGUCAUGUGGUGGAACACAAACAUGGAGCGCGCUGUGACUUUUCCGUGUAAAGCAAUUGAACUGGCAUUAAACAGGUUGUGAAUUUACUGGGAUUGGGUUCUGUGGCUCCAUUCACUUCUCUGCAGCGAAGGGUGGGUGCAGCAGGUCCCCGGGGUCCCCACCC